UUUUUCCGCUGAAUAUUUUGCGGGAAAGUUGAGCGCCGGCCCCUCACAACAAAGCUGGGAGGCCGAUCUAACAUCUCCCACCUUUCUAGCUCGAGUAAUCAGACGGCACGGUCAGAAAUAAAGCAUGAGGACGCUGGACGAGGUUCGGGCUACUCUGCAGAUCGCCAAGCUGAAGGAGGAGGACCUGCAGGCGGUCACUCACUGCCUGUCUUUCGGAGAAAACGCGUCGUCCGGCGAUUACAGCCUCAUGGAGCUGGACGACACGCUCUGCAGACACAUCGAGGCUGGAAAGAGUCUCACAAUCCGGGGAGACAAAGACGAGCAUGCCGUCCUGUGCAGCGAAGACAAAACGUACGACCUGAAAAUAGCGGACACGUCCAACCUGCUGCUGUUCGUGCCAGGAUGCAGAACCCCAGAUCAGCUCGGUGACCACCCAAAGCACCCUCAGCUGGUCCACGCACAGAUUUGGGGCUACGCUAGCAGCUACUGGGAGCUGAAACGCCAGCGGCCGAAGUUAAAGAAACUGAAGAAGCUCCUCAUGGAGAGUCCAUACACUGGUCCCCCAGUCGGCACGGAGGAAGAGGCUCCUGAGAACAAGUUUACAAUGGAGGACUUUCUGGAGAGAAUCCAAGCAAGCCGAGAGGAAAUCGAAGCCCACCUUCAGAAAAUUCAUGCCUGUGAAAUUGAUGGAUACUGGCGGAUUCUGGAUUUUGAUUAUGACCUGAAGCUGCUGGGUCACGUGACUCAGCUGGUGGAUUCAGAAUCGUGGUCCUUCAGCAGAGUUCCUCUGAGAACGUGUCUGGAGGAGCUCGGGCCGCUAGAGCCCACAGCAAUGAUUGAACACUGCCUCAACUGUUAUGGAAGGCGAUGUGACACAGAGGAAGGUGAGGUUGUGUAUGCUCUGGAUGAGGAUAAAGUGUGCAGGGCCAUGGCUCAGAUGCUGCUGCAGAACGCCGUCAAGUUCAACCUGUCUGAGUUUCAGGAGGUGUGGCAGCAGAGCGUGCCUGAGGGCAUGGGCACCAGACUGGACCAGCUCAGAGGUUUGGCUCUGGUGGACCGAAACUCCAGACCUGAGACCAUCUCCCUGCUGAGGGUGGAGGACCUGCCCGAGGAAACGCUGGCGCGCUUCAAUGCUCUCUUCAGCAUGAGGGAGAAAUGGGCACACGAUGACAUUGAGCCAUAUAUACAGGAUUUGUGUGGAGAGAAACAAACGACAGGAGCUUUGCUGACCAAACAUGCCCGGUCAUCCAUGCAGAACGGGGUGAAGGUCUACAACUCCAGGAGACCAGUCGCAACGUGAAGGCCUUUCAUUUCACUUCUGUUUUCACAGGACAGCAAGAACACUUUGAAACAUUGUAUGUUUUCACUUUUAUUAUUAAUGCCAUUGGUUUGGUAAUAAAAGAAUAUUACAGUGCUGUAAUAUAUUUUCUCUA